GAAAUUUAGAAUACAUGACGAGCAGAUAUUAAGUUCUUCAAAAUGAUUUCCAUUGGUUGGCGCCUGCAGACUGACAACAAACAAAGUAAGGAAAAGGACUCGAUGAUUGGCGACAGAUGUUAGCAGCAACGCUCCUAGCUAGCAGCUUCUCCUUUUUGCGCUCCUUGCCGGUCAUGUUCGCAAGCUGCUCGUGUUGAUGAGUCAUCCUAAGCAAAAAAUAUAUCCUGCCGGUCCUGCUGGUGCGCGUUCAUCUUCAUCAAGUGUUGUUGGGCUACUGCAAAGUAACAAGGCAACCACGACGACUGCCAGCGCCAUCAAUACUGCCACUUGCUUCUGUUGUAACAACAAGAAUGCCGGGCCAACAUCAGCAGCCCCCCUCACAAAAUAACCCGCCCAGCACGACCAAGAUGAAGCUUGAUAACAAGCACCAUUCGUCGAACAGCGGUUUGAUCCGCGAUAUGCAGCGUAUUCUGGUGGAAACAAAACGAAAAUACGACGAAGUGCUGGUAGACGGCGAACGGAAGGAACAGGAGCUGACCCGGAUCCGCGACUCGAUUCGCCUGUGGGAAGCCGCAAAAGAGGAAGAGGAGCGCACCCAACGGUCACUGGGGCUACUACAACCGACUUCUUCGAGCGGGGGUGGAAAUAAUGCUCCCGCGGCCGGACCCGGAGCAGGGUCAAUUGCAGGAACUACGGGUGGACUAAACAAAGCUUCGUCUGCGUCUUCGAGCUCAUACGCAGGUGGUUUUAACAGAAACGGCACCACCGGAGCUGCAGCGGGAACGAGCGGGGCGGGAGGGAGCAGCUCAUCCGACCAGAUUCAUUCCUCCACUGGCACUUCUGGUGGAGACCAGCAGAUCAUGCCUCAUGAUCCGAAUUAUGCCACGAAUGCUGCAAAUGCGGCAGGAGGUAGUGCAACUAUGAGUAGCUCAUCCGACCAAGAUCUCCUAAGCCAAGACCCGAACGCGCUACAGAUUGAGGACCUCGAGGUGAGCAGGAAAGUCUACAAACACAUCCUCGAGCGGUCACGCACCGAACUCGGCGUGCUGCGCCAGCGGCUGUUGAAGUUAGAAGGAUUGUUGGACAAGCGCACCCUGGAAGAGGAGGGCAAGCUCGCACUGUCCCGGAAACUGACGCAGGCGAAACAGCACAAGCAGCACGAGCUGGAUAAGCUUGAGGUGAGUAUAUCUGAGCACAACACCUGAAAAAAUGUUAUCAUAUAUCAUUCGUAUAUUGCAAUUGUUGAACUUGAUUUGCCUUCCCAUGUUGAUCUAUCAGGCCGACAUCCGUAACGCAUCGGAGCGGGAGCAGGAGACGCUCCUGGAAUACGAAGGCAAGCUGGAAAGCAAGCGCGAGGCGGUGAAGCGACGGACGGAUUUUGAGAAGUGGCGGCAGGAGAUCGCGGUAGAAGCCGCAACGGAGGCGUUGUUUGCGAGUGCGAGCAGACUGAGGAAAAUGUGGGCCAUGGAAAAGUUGACAGGUAGUCCUUUCUUUUGUGCUGCGCGGUAUUCUAAGAUCCUCAUGCUGCAGACGUAUUCAAGAACACAGAAGUUGAAGUUGAAGCUGAAGCUCCUUGUUUUCACGCCAGCAUUCGACUUUUGGCUCUUUUAUAGUAGGAUUUGGAUUUCUGUAUGACCAUCGAUAUUCACCUCAGUAAAAGGCGUCUCCGUAACCUCCACAACAAAUUGCAGGUAACUGUCUCCAGCGCAUUAUGUACGAGCAGGUGGAACGCAGUCAAGUGACCGAGGACGGGUUCUACCAAGUGCAAAAAUGUCUGGGUCUGGAAGAAUGCAACUUGUGAUGCUGCAUUUGGAUUCCAAAAAAAAUCUGUAUUGCAUGAGUGCCAAGGGGAAUGCAAUUUUUGCUACGCUGAGAACAAGGCAUUUGUCAUGCGGAAAUGGAUUAUGCAUCAAGAAGCCCUCAAAAAAUCUGUAUUGCUAGGGUAUGCAUCACAGACAUCAUGGCUCAUGCAAAACGUGCAUGACAAGUGUCAGAAUCUUCCAGACCCAAACACUUUUGCAUUUGAUAGGUUCCAGCGCAUCCGGGAGGUCACCGGCUUAACCGAGGUUUCCGAAAUCGUGCAGAAAUUUCUCAAUCGCGAUGUGGAGCACGAAAGAUUGGAAAAGAACGUCGUGGAAAACGAGAAACGGAAGAAGGACUUGGAGCAGGAAAUCACCAAUUCAGCCAAUUUGCCGACGGCUGGAGCAGGAGGAGGUGCAGCAGUAGCUUCAUCAUCUAUUGGAGAGCAUGAACAAGCAGAAGCUCCCUCGGGCGUGCGCGAAGAUCCUGCCGCUGGUGUCAUUGCCGGUGUUGAGGACGCAUCUUCUUCCACCGCGCCACGAAUGUUAACUGACGGCGGGGCUUCCUCCUCUACCGACGCAGAAGGAGACGGUGCAAAUACGGACCUCCUGCGGGAGGACGCGGCUGGAGCAAUAUUAAAACAAGACCUCGUGACAUCAAGUCCUCAGCAGCAGCAAAUAACCACUCUGUCCUCGACCUACCAGCAGGUGGAUAAGCUCGAGAACGAGCUGACCAGGGUCAAGCGCGAGUUUUCGGAGUCUCGGGAGCUGUCGGAGGCGAAAAUCAUCGAAAUGGACAAGUUACGGAAGUGGAUGGUGCGUCUGGGAAAAAGUUUAUCCUUUUUCGACCAGUACUACACCGAGUUUCUCAGCUCCACCAGCGAUUUGCAAAUGCAGCAACAGGGCGGGGGUGGGGAUGGAGG